AAGGAAGUUACGGAAGGAACAUGGCUUUGCUUAACGACAUUAAGCUACUCCUUUCGCUUCCAGUGUAUCUGGGCAAGCAACUCGAGGCAUCAUCGAUCGAAGCAAUACAAAAAACAGCAUCGACCUUCGAAUCACAGUGCGCAUCGCAAACCACGGGAUGUGCCCUGCAGGCCCGUUUCCUAAGCAACAUAGCAUUACAGUUCGAGAAGGUCAAAAAGCAAACACCAAAAUCCACAAGUUCCCAAUCUGCCACAACCUCGAACAUCGAGUUGACAGAUGUUGAACGCCGCUCACGGUCUAAAGUUCCUUCCGGUGUGCAAUCAGUUAUAGCAAUGGAUCAAAGCAGCAACAAUAGUCCUGUGGAAAACUGUGCUGAGGUGCCAUGGAACGAAAUUACCGAUCGUUCACAGUACUCCUUUCUUACAUCUACCAACGCAGAUUUGAGGCCUAAAUGA